AUGUCUAAUGGAUUAUUCCACAAGGUCAAUCUUGAUUCGAUGGCUGAUAGCCUCCUUCAAUCCUUUCGACCAAAUAUGGGUUUGUAUAACCCACAACUAUUCGACUCGGUCGACAAUUCAAUGAAUCUACAUACAGCAUUCGACCCAAUGGACGAAGACAUCCUAGAUGGUUACGACUUCCUCAAUCAAUGCCUCAACAUACCCGUCUCCGGUCAUGCAGGACAUACCGACCCAGACAUUGAACUAGACUCAACAAGUUCCCAAAAUCACCAUCACCCCCACGCAGCAUCCGACAAAUCUAGCCAUCAUACGUGUAGCUGCGCAUCACACCUGAUGAAACAAUUGGUAUCUAUGCCGCUUGCUUUCGAAAAUCGAGAACACUCAUCAUUUGAUGUCCAGCUCUCUGAAUUAAAAAUGGCCGUUAAACUGUCAAAAGCCUGCAUGGGCUGCAGUUGCACAUUACAAGACGAUAUGGCUAUGUUGAUGAUAAGCAUUCUCAUCGGGCGAGUCAUUCAAGGUUUCGAGAAAACCCUUGCAAUAAUCCGGCCCGUAUCAAAUGCCUCAAGUUUCAGCACACCGAGUGGCCUAGGCGGACCUGGGCACGCGCCUAAAUUGUCAUGGGGGACACUAGAAAUCGAUGCAGACGAAGAAGACGAGCUCAAACAACAUAUGUGGCUACUACAAUUUCGGAAGUUUCGUCUGGUAUUAAACCAGUUCAAUACAUAUAUCGGCCGGCUGGGAGGUAACCAUGGCGUUGGUGAUUCUGCUCAAGUUAUGGCCUACCAGUGCAUACAUAUGUGGCUGGCGCAGAAGGUGGAUAACGUGAACAAUUUGUAUCAGGCCCAAGAGGGCUAUGAGCGAAUCGAUAGAUUAGACUCGGUCGACCAGGUUGAAAGAUAA